AUGUGGUGGCCGGGGACGGUGGACCUUCCCAACGUGGGCGUGGAGAAUCCGAGGAAGCGCCCCCGCAACGGUCACCUCUCCGGCGUCAGCUCCGGCGAGGGCAGAGCCAACGGCCACCAGGACGGCGGCGACGACGACGGAUACACCCCAUCGAGGGGAGCAGUCGCCGCCGCCAUUGCCCCACCUUACGACCACCAUUUCCCGGAGCUUUUCCCCUUCUCCAGCGUCUGA